CCACUGGGCGGCGCUGCCCACUCGGCCCGGCGCUCCGCUCGGCGCGCACCGGCCCCGCCUCCGCCAGGCGGGCCGCGGGGCGUGCAGCGGACCGGGGGCGGGGCUCCGAGUCCGGGACUCGGCGUCGGGCACCCGGGCAGCCUCCGCCAGCCGGACCCUGCCGCUCUAGUGAUGCUGCUCCUGGACGCCGAUCGGCCGGAGCCCGUGCGCGGCGGGGCGCGCGAGCUCGCGGUCUUCCUGACCCCCGAGCCAGGGGCCGAGGCGAAGGAGGUGGAGGAGACCAUCGAGGGGUUGCUCCUCAGGCUGGAAGAGUUUUGCAGCCUGGCUGACAUGAUCAGGAGUGACACCUCACAGAUCCUGGAAGAAAACAUCCCCCUCCUUAAGGCCAAGGUGGUGGAAAUGCGUGGCAUCUACGCCAAAGUGGACCAGCUGGAGGCCUUUGUCAAGAUGGUCAGACGGCACGUCUCCUUCCUGGAGGCCCACGUGCUCCAGGCCGAGCGGGACCACGGGGCCCUCUCGCAGACCCUGCGGAAGUGGCUGGGCUCCUCGGGGCUCCCCGCGCUCGGGAACGGUGACCAGGAGCCCCCCAGUCACACGGUGCUCUGCCCACCGAUGGCUCAGAAGCACCACCGAGGAGGAAGGACAGAGGUCCUGGCUGCCUGCUGUCUGCAGCAGAAGCGGUGGGCACCGGUGGCCCCGACGUUCGAGCUGCCCGCGUUGUACAGAACGGAGGACUAUUUUCCUGUGGACGUGGGGGAGGUGAUGCCCCGAGCCUCCAGCUGUCAAAGGCGUCUGUGAGCGCUUUGGUCCUGCCAUCCCAGCCGUGGGGAAGUGAAAUCUGUGUGCAGAGCAGAUGUGGUUUUCUUCUUUUCUUUUAUUGUUGUGGAUUCGUUUUCUGAGUUUUCCCCCUUACUUCACGGGGGUGCAUGGGGUUUGGAGAAGCACUUGGGACCCAGGGGGUGGGAAGUGCCUCAGUGAUGAGCUGGGAAGGCCUCCUCCACCAGCUGUGGCCUGCUUGGUGGUCUGGACGAGGUGGUCACCCCUGGGGAUAGCUGGUCACCCCAGGUUACGGGCUGUGGGGACAUGGAUAUCUUUGCACAGGAAUUGUGGGGGUCUUGGGAGGUGUCACCAGGGUGCAUGGCUCCAGGUCGAUCUGUAAUGGCUGGUUUGUCUGAACCCCAGUGCCCACUGGCCCUGUGAACCAUCUCAAUAAAGUGUCAAGAGGUCA